UCUCUCGACACCAUCGCCAUCUUUCUCGGCGCUUUGACUGCUGGGGGAGGCAUUACAGGAUACGUUCGCACUGGCUCCGUGCCAUCAAUCGCAGCAGGCUGCACUGUCGGAGCUCUUUACAUGCUCGGUGGCCUCCGAAUCCGCAACCGCACUCCCUAUGGUGUCGAGCUAGGUCUCCUGGCUUCGAUUGUGCUCGCCGGAAGCUCGCUUCCUAGAGCAAUUAAACUGGGGAAGCCAUUGCCAAUCGCGUUGAGCUUGUUGGCGACUUAUGGGCUUUUUGCUUUUGGGAGUGCGUGGUCGAAGGGGAGGGUGAAUUAG